ACACCAGCACAAGCAAAACAUACAUAGAGCAGCAGACCAGCAGCUCGACGAUCUACUAUAGCUAGCUAGAAAGCAUAUAUUAGAUCCAAUUAAUGGCAAAAUCCGCACAGGCAUCAGCUGCGCUGCUCAUCGCCGUGUUGGCGACCCUCGCCAUGAUGGAGAGCGCCCACGCCAUCUGCGGCAUGGCAAACGAGGACUUCAAGCUGUGCCAGCCUGCGGCAGCGGCCAACGACCCGACGGACAGCCCGUCGGCGGAGUGCUGCGCCGCGCUGGGUAAGGCUGACCUCGGGUGCAUCUGCCGCUACAAGGGUGUCGCCGGCAUAUGGAUGAGGAUCUACCACAUCGACCCCAGCCGCGCCAUGGCGCUGCCGGGCAAAUGCGGCCUCACAAUGCCAAGCAACUGCUCCUGAUGCGCGUGAUGCCGUGAUUGACGUGCUGGCCCCUGGCCGGAAACAAGUUGUGUGUGUAUUCUCGUACGUAUAUAUAUGUUAUGGGUAGCUAAAUAAGUGGAGCUCGAGAUGAUGAAAUGCCCUGUGCUCCUUGAUGGCUGCUUCAUCUAGCUAGUUUUGGUUUGAGUGUGUGAUUGUGUGCGUGCGCGUGUGUGCUGAAAGCUCAACGUGUACCUUAUUAUAGGGAAAGAUCUAUGGAAUACAAAAUAUGGAUCGGAUA